AUGAGGUUCUUCGAGAUGGGAGCAGCUCACAGUCAGGAAGAUCUGGAGAUCUGUGAAUCAGACGAGGAAGAGUAUGAGGAAUACGAAGAAGGAAGAGAGGGAGAAGAAGAGGAAGACAAGUUCGAGGACUCGAGGGACGAUACGUUACAGUCAUCGUCUUCCGGUGGCCGUCGUCGCCGACCUAAAUCUCCUUUACCACUGGACGACGUGGAGGCAAAGCUCAGUGCCCUAAAGCUGAAAUACGCAUCAACCCAGGCAGCUCCGACUCCGUCUACCCAGAACUCGACUCGGCUUUUCCGCUACAUCAACGGGAACACUCCCAAAGCCAAAUGGGUCACAGCUGAGAAGUUUUCCGCUUAUUGCUUCGUUAAGACCUCCCAAGGAGACGAGGACGAAGAAGACGACGACGCGAAUGGAGAUUCGGAGAAGGAAUGGUGGGUUUUGAAGGUCGGAAGCAAGAUCCGAGAAAAGGUUUCGGAUGAAAUGCAAUUGAAGGCCUAUAAAGAUCAACGCCGUGUUGAUUUCGUCGCUAAAGGUGUCUGGGCCUUGAAAUUCGGCAGCAGCGAGGAUUUCACCGCUUUUGCAAGCAGCUACAACAGUUGCUUGUUUGAGAACAACCAUGGGGUUGAGUUUAAUGACGCCAGUAAGGCCAAAAUCUUUGGGAAAGACUUCAUCGGGUGGGCGAAUCCUGAGGAUGCUGAUGACUCCAUGUGGGAAGACGCUGAUGAUAUUUUGCUGAAGAGCCCACAAUCUGCUGCAACUCCGGCGAGAGAUACACAGGAUCUGACGGAGGCCUUCGAAGAGGCUACAAGUGAGGGCAUACAUAGCUUAGCUCUAGGCGCUUUAGAUAACAGCUUUCUUGUGGGAGAUUCUGGAAUUCAGGUUUUCAAGAACAUGAGGCAGGGGAUUCAAGGGAAAGGUGUUUGCGUUAACUUUGAAGCUGGUUACAAUCGGGCUCACUCAGCACCGAAAAAGGCUCUUCUCAUGAGAGCUGAGACUAACAUGCUGCUCAUGAGUCCCAUGAGCCAAACGCCUCACUCACGAGGAAUCCACCAGCUCGACAUUGAAACCGGGAAGGUGAUUACGGAGUGGAAGUUCGAGAAAGAUGGAGUGGAUAUCUCUAUGAGUGACAUUACUAACGAUGGUAAAGGUGCUCAAUUGGAUCCGUCUGCGUCAACGUUUCUCGGCUUGGACAACAACAGGCUUUGCAGGUGGGAUAUGCGUGACCGAUACGGGAUGGUUCAGGAUCUUGCUACCGCGAAUGCCCCAGUCUUGAACUGGGCACAGGGGCAUCAGUUUUCUAGAGGCACCAACUUCCAGUGCUUUGCGACCACUGGGGAUGGCUCAAUUGUUGUUGGUUCUCUUGAUGGGAAGAUUAGGCUCUACUCAAGCAACACUAUGAGGCAGGCAAAGACGGCUUUCCCUGGACUCGGUGCACCUGUAACUCACGUGGAUGCUACUUUCGAUGGGAAAUGGAUUGUUGGUACAACUGACACUUACUUGAUUGUUAUAUGUACCCUUUUCACCGACAAGGCCGGCAAAACAAAGACUGGCUUCGAGGGUCGCAUGGGAAAUAAGAUUGCUGCACCAAGGUUGCUCAAGCUAAGACCCCUUGACGCCCAUUUAGCUGGAUCUAACAACAAGUUCCGCAAUGCUCAGUUUUCAUGGGUCACGGAGGAUGGGAAACAAGAGCGUCAUGUGGUGGCAACAGUUGGGAAAUUCAGUGUGAUAUGGAACUUUCAGCAAGUGAAGAAUGGAUCUCAUGAAUGCUACCAUGAGCAGGAAGGGCUGAAGAAAUGCUACUGCUACAAGAUAGUCCUUCGAAAUGAAUCUAUUGUGGACAGCCGCUUCAUGAAUGACAACUUUGCAAUCUCCGGUUCACCUGAGGCGCCUUUAGUCAUUGCAACUCCCAUGAAAGUCAGCUCCUUCAGCUUAUCCAGCAAGCGAUGA